UGAACACAGUGCAUGUCUAAGUAUGCAGUCUGCUAAUAUGCUUCUGAAAAAAAUAGUAAGAAGUUCUGUCCUUCCAGUUGCUGCACAACAUGGGAUGAAAAGGGAUUUGUUUCCACUCAGUAGAACUCUGAGUUUAUCACUUUGUCUGAAGCAGGACAACUCAUGCAAACCCUCAGAAAAACUAGAUUUAGAUGCAUGGAAGAAGGUAAUGAAGUCUGGGUUGCAAGAAGAGGUCAGUGAGACGGUCUCUGAGCCUCAGGAGCUUUCCAGUUUGGCUGCUGCACGUGAGACUUUGGAGAUGUGGAGACUAGCUGGCAAAUUAGUUCCAGAAAAUGUCAGUGAAGAACAGCUAAAAACGUUUAUGGAGUGUCCUUCCAAGUCAGCCAAAAAGAAGUAUUUAAAGUUUUUGUAUCUCAAAGAACUUUACAAGAAAAAUGACAAAAGAAAGAUGGAAGAGAAAAGGGAAAGGAAGCUGGAACCACAAGAGCAAACUUCAAAAAUGGAUGAAACCAAAAAGAGUCCGUUUUUAUCUUUGUGGGCCAGCACUAUGGAUAAAGCCUACAACUGGAGGGCUGCUCAGUCCAUGAUCUUUGGCCAGCCUCUGAUAUUUGACAUGUCUUACGAAAAAGAAAUGUCUGUCCGAGAAGUUGCAAACACAGUGAAACAGCUGGUCCAGAGUGAAGGCUGCAAUCGGAGGGCUGUGGAUCCAUUCCACAUCCACUUCUGUAACUUCAAGGAUGAUAGCCUCUAUCAUAGGGAAUUUCUUAAGCAUUAUAAAGAGGCAUGGGGCAAGCUGCUUAUCACUGUGACAGAGCAGUGCUACACAGAAGUCUUUCCAAAGGAUAAGCUCAUCUAUCUGACAGCUGACUCUCCCAAAGUGAUGAAAACAUUUGAUCACGAUAAAAUCUAUAUUGUCGGGUCGAUGGUUGACAAGAGCAUAAAAACAGGAGUCUCUUUAGCACGGGCGAAGCGACUGGGAUUGGAAACUGCAGCCCUUCCGCUGGAUAAAUACUUGCUUUGGAAUACUGGUGGCAAAAAUCUUACACUGGAUCAAAUGAUGAAUAUUUUAUUAACCUUGAAAGAUACUGCCGACUGGAAGAAGGCUCUAGAGUUUGUUCCAAAAAGGAAAUAUCGUGGCUUUGUAACCAAGCCUGUAAGUGAACUGAAAAAAACCUUAGACCUGGUGAACACGCUUAAACUUGGAAAGAGACAGGAAGAAGUACAAAAGCAAUUUGCCAAGAACUACCCUAAGAAGUAUAAACUAAAGCAAAAGUAGAGUGAUGGAAAAGAGAAUGACUUUUUUUUUUUUUACAGGCAAACUGUGCCCUUUAAUGCUCCAGUUUCUUGGGACAUUUAAAACUCUGUUCAGCUCUUUAUCUCAAAACAUGUCUUUGUUGCUUAAGUUUGAAAUGACUGCUGUUAGGGUUGCCUUUUUUUUUUUAAUUACCUUAGUAGUCCAGCUGUUUAAAUUUAUGCACACAUUAUUGAAAUUAUGUAAGAGAAAUGAGAUAAUAUGUUCUAAAAAAAUUACUCUGCACAAAGAAUAUCAGUCCGUUCUGUUGAACCAUGCUGGGACAAGGGUGAUUGUAACUGAAUGCAAAGGUCAUUCUUCAGAGAACACCUCCCUGCUUUCGAUUUGCAGUGGUUGGAGGCUGUCUAUAGUUUUAUGCUAAAAGAUUACGAAGAUGAAGUAGAAGAGACCUCCCCAUUACUUCCUGGAUCUUCUUUUAGUGUGCAGAUGCAUUGACUUUUGGAUGCUGAACUAAAAACAAAUGGGAAAAACCUUGCUUGAGUUUGUGGAGCUGCCCAUUUUAUUUCUAGAUGUUCUGUCUGGCACAGAUCAAGUCCCUGUUUGAAAGGAAUAAAUCAAAUUUCUUGACCGUGCAAAAAAAAUAAAAAGCUUUUAUCCCCAA